AUGAUGUGGGAGAACCAGAGCAGCGUGUCUGAAUUCCUCCUGCUGGGGAUCUCCAUCCGCCCAGAGCAGCAGGGCGUGUUCUUUGCCCUCUUCCUGGGCAUGUACCUCACCACAGUGCUGGGGAACCUGCUCAUCAUCCUGCUCAUCAGGCUGGACUCUCGCCUCCACACCCCCAUGUACUUCUUCCUCAGCCAGCUGGCCUUCACUGAUGUCUCCUUUUCAUCUGUCACCAUCCCUAAGAUGUUGAGAAACCUGCAUACUCAGGAUCAAUCCAUCUCUUAUGUGGGGUGUGUAACGCAGAUGUUUUUUUUUAUAUUUUUUGGUUGUAUUGAUAACCUUCUUCUUGGAGUGAUGGCAUAUGACAGGUAUGUGGCCAUCUGCCACCCUCUAUACUACACCACCAUCAUGAAAGAAAGCCUAUGUUUUUCACUAGUGGGUGGGUCCUGGUUAUUCUCAUGUAGCAGUGCAAUGUCCCACACUCUCUCCCUGUCCCUGCUUUCUUUCUGUGCUGUUAACACUAUCCCUCAUUUCUUUUGUGAUCUUGCUACUCUGCUCAAACUCUCCUGCUCGGACACCUCCCUCAAUGAGCUGGUCAUCCUCACUGUGGGGGCGUUGGGGAUUCUCAUACCACUGAUUGGCAUUCUGGUCUCCUAUGCCCGUAUUGGGAUCUCCAUCCUGAGGGUUCCCUCCACCAAAGGGAUCUGCAAAGCUUUGUCCACCUGUGGCUCCCAUCUCUCUGUGGUAUUUCUAUUUUAUGGGACAAUUAUGGUACUGUACAUCUUCCCAUCAUCAAACAACUCCAAUGACAAAGACAUAAUUGCUUCCAUGAUGUACACAGUGGUCACCCCUAUGCUCAACCCCUUUAUCUACAGCCUGAGGAACAGAGAUGUAAAAGGAGCCCUGGGGAGACUUCUCAGGAGGGACAUAUUUUUCUCCAGGUGA